AUGGGCACACAACAUGCGCGCGCGGCCCUGCAUGCCGCACACAGCCUACGCGCCGUCCCGCGGUCGUGGAAGGCGCGUAUUGGUCGAGUUCUACGGGAGGGGGAGGACAAGGACGCACAGGGCACACAAAGCAAACGACGUCUACUGAUCUAUGGCAGCCACACCAAACAGCUCGUUGAGGCUCUCCUCCGCGAUCCAUUGGCUGGCGGUAAAGCUGGUGGUGGUAGUGGCAGUAGCAGCAGCUCUAAUAACACCCCCCACACCUCCGCUACAGACAUUCUCCAGCAGCGAAGACACCUCGGCGGACGGCGGAACGAGGGGCGCGUGUGGACUAUACAGCACAGCCACCAACACGCUCCAAGCACACCCACCACUGAGCAUGUCCUUAUUCCUCUGCCGGCGCUGGAGAAAGUGGAUGUGGUUGAGUGGAGUGACGGUGACGGCGAUCGGGAGAGUUGGUCCAAACACGCACACGCACACCACUCCCAACUCACCGACGAAGCUGUCGCGUCGCACGACCUGAUUAUCGAUAAUGGGCCAGCAAGUGCGUAUCUCCGCGGCUUGUUCGGCGAUCGGCCACGAACAAUAAGUAUAAACGGGCGCAACGAGCUCGCAGUAGAUGCGACAGGUGCUCUCGGUGCUCUUGAUGCGUUUGAAGCGAAGGACGUAAAUGGGUAUACGCGACUGACGGAUUCCUCCAACAUACGAAAGUUGAAGCAAGUGUUAGUGGGUGAUAUGCGAGUAGCAGAACGAGAAGCGCACGCUGUGCACGCAGUCAAACUGGCACUCAGCGCGACAGACAGAGUGCUGCGCACGAAAGAGCACGUUCUAGCGUCGAUGGAGAGGGAGAGUGAGGUAUGCGUGGAGGAGACAGAAGGGGAAUGCGCCAAACUCCUCCAACAUUUCCCGUCGUCUACUCACAUUCAACACGAUCAUACAGUCUCGUUGCACAAGGCACUCGCAAUGCUCAGGUCUUUCCCAGUCGCUCUCCUCCCUAUACGCAUAGACGACCUGGGUGCGUUUGUGGAAGGGAUACUCAACAAACAUUUCGCUGACACCCUCGCACUCGAAUAUGCCGCCUUUGAUGGCGCUGUUGCCCAGACUAAUGCGCGCGUUCACCACCUCGCACAUGAACAGCUGGAGCGCGCGGGUAAGCGGAGUGUAGAGGGUAUAGAGGGUUUAGAUACAAAUGAAGAUAAGGAUAUGCCUCUGCACCUGCACACAGCCAUCCACCAAAACAACUUGGGCAGAAACGCGUCUGCACUUGCAUCAGCACCUUCCACAGACAGCCGCAGUAUAGCGCAGCGCACACUCAAUACUCUCACACAGCCAGGUGGCUUGCCUGACAGUAUAGCGGCGCGGAUGCAGGCAGCGCUUGUGCGCGCGUACGGGGGUGUUUUGUCCACAAGUGCACUGGGGUAUGCAGGCGCUAUGGGUGAGUGGUGCACAACUCAGUCAGCAGUUGGUCUAGCUGUUUUAGGUGGCGUGUGGAGCGUCAAGCAUGUGCUCACCAAGUGGACUACCUCGGUUGGGAUGUUUGAAAGUAGCUGGAAGAGGGGCUAUGCGCUGAUAGAGGCGGAAAGCGAGGACUAUAAACAGACAGUCAGAGCUGGGAUGAUGAAAGAUGCGCGUUUCGUAGAUGCCGUUGUGAGACAACACGUGAAUAGACACAGGCACCAACUGGAAGAUUUGCAGAAAGAGGUGGAAGGAGUGAGGAAGGAGUAUUUGUAG